AAUGCAGCAUGGUUCCUCUAGUUUUUCUUAUUUUCUUUUUGUUCAUGGUUGGAAACUUACGUAAAUUCUGCUUGGAUUUUUUUAUUUUUGUCCGCAAGGGGCAGUGUAUUGACCAGAAUGAUUGGGCCUUGGUUUGCUGUCCGCUGUCAAAUGGUGCUGUUGUCCCUUGCAUUGUUGUUCCUGGUUUGGAAAUGAAAUGGCUGCUGAAGCUGCAAGCGCUGAUGCUAUUAUCAUUUAAGUCGGAUACUGCUCGGAACUGAAUUUAUGUAAUUUUUCUGCACAGUGUGGAUAGGGAUUUAUUCAUCUAAUAUUUUUUAAGUAUCACAUCGCCCCAUGGCUGAGCCCGAGCUACUCCUGGACUCCAACAUCCGUCUCUGGGUCGUCUUGCCCAUUGUCUUCAUCACCUUCUUAGUGGGAGUGAUCCGGCACUAUGUCUCCAUUUUGCUACAGAGUGACAAGAAACUCACCCUGGAGCAGGUGUCAGACAGUCAGGUUUUAAUCAGAAGUCGAAUUCUGAGAGAAAAUGGAAAAUACAUCCCUAAACAGUCCUUCCUGAUGAGGAAGUUUUUCUUUAAUAACCAGGAUGAUGGAUUUUUUAAGAAAACAAAGAGAAAGGUGGUCCCUCCUUCCCCCAUGACAGAUCCCAGCAUGCUGACGGACAUGAUAAAGGGGAACGUGACCAACGUUCUUCCCAUGCUCCUCAUCGGAGGCUGGAUCAACUGGACCUUCUCUGGAUUUGUUACCACCAAGGUGCCCUUCCCACUCACCCUCCGGUUCAAGCCGAUGCUGCAGCAGGGGAUUGAGCUGCUGACUCUGGAUGCCUCCUGGGUGAGCUCGGCCUCCUGGUAUUUCCUGAAUGUAUUUGGCCUUCGCAGCAUGUACUCCCUCAUGCUGGGACAAGACAACGGAGCGGACCAGUCCCGGAUUAUGCAGGAACAGAUGAGUGGAGCUGCGAUGGCCAUGCCUGCAGAUACCAACAAGGCCUUUAAGGCAGAGUGGGAAGCACUGGAGCUGACUGACCACCAGUGGGCACUGGAGGGUUUGGAGGAAGAGCUGAUGAGCAAAGAUCUGGAUCUAGACAGCAUGUUCAGCAGCGAACUGCCCACUGGCAUGUUCUGAAUGUGAUUGGCUGUUGGGCCUAUGAUGGCGGCCGUCUUCGCAAGACCAUUUUAAUGGAAAAAAUGGAGUGGAGCAGUGGAAAUUUUUGAAGGAUAUUUCAGUGCUUUUUUUUUCCAAUUUUGUGUUUGUGUUUGUUUUUUGCUCUUUCUUUCUUUUACUUAUCACUUUGCCUCCUUUCAAACCAUCUCUCAACUUGCUAACCCUCCUUUAACUGACUUGUAUCCAUAAAAACUGAGAUAAAGCAGAUUACUGUUUUGGCUGAUGCUUUCAUUGGUGUUGUCAGCCGGAUAUUAACAUAACAUGAGUGUACUUUUGUCUACUUGACUUGAGUUUCUUAUAGUCCCCCCCCCACCCCCCACCCCAUGUAUAGUUUUAAAGCUGUUAAUUAGAACCCUCUGACUCUUUAAAAUGUAUGUAGAACUGGGGUUUACUGCCCUGUACUGUUUUUUUUUGUUAUUAUUUAUUGCCGAAAGCAUUUUUGCAACAUUCCCAUCUGUUUUGUAAAGAGACUCGGUUUUGACUUUUGAGCUGUAUUUCUUUUUUUUUUACUUCCACACAUCACACUGCUUUACACUUCCAAAAAUGAACACACCUAUCCAUGCUCUGCCUUCUAAUACUGUUACUUUCAGAUAAGAGGGUAGCUCACUUUCCAUAACCUCUACUAAGGCCAUUACUGAACAAAGCUUUAUGCCUACUAUUAUGUAUCCUGCCUGCCCCAUAUGGCCAUGGAAAUGUGAUGACCAAGUCAGCCCUUAUAGAGUCGCACUAUAAAUGCAUAUUAACAGUU